AUGGAUCUGAUCAAGUAUGUCUUCAAGAGCCCAUUCAUACCUGGGAGAAUAGCAAAGUGGCAAGUCAUACUCUCACAAUAUGACAUAACCUAUAUGAAAAAGAAGGUAGUAAAAGGGAGCGUGAUUGCAGACCUCCUAGCUGAGAAUCCAAUAGAUGAUUAUGAGGCUCCAGACUUCGAGUUCCCAGAUGAGUACAUCAAUGCAGUAAGUGAAGACACUGAGGGGCAAGAUGAUGUAUCGAAAAUGUAUUUUGAUGGGGCUGUUAAUCUUUCCAGUAAUGGGAUUGGGGCAAUAUUAAUAUCCCCAGAGGAGAAACACUUCCUGAUAGCUGUCAAGCUAAAAUUUGAGUGUGCUAAUAACGUGGUAGAGUACGAAGCCUAUGGAGAAUGGCAAACUAGAGACUCGAAACUGAUCUCGUACCAGAAGUAUCUUCUUGAGCAGAUUAAAGAGUUUGAAGAAAUCUCCUUUAUCCAUUUGACCCAUGAUAAGAACCAAUUCGCGGAUGCUUUGGCCGCUCUGGGGAUAAAUAACCAGCAGGUGAUCAGCUCGUUAACCAGGGGUAAUACUGAAAAACCUAAAAGGGCGCUCCAAGCAAAACGUGAAAAAAGGGGGCGAAAACCUGCAAGGGCGCUUCCUGCAAAAUGA